AUGGAGAAGAUCUUAAUUUCUCUAUGUUUAACCACCUUAUUAGCCUUUCUCUUCCUAAAGCAACUCUUCAAACGAACAACCACCACCAAACUUAACCCACCACCAUCUCCGUGGCGGCUUCCCAUCAUCGGAAACUUCCACCAGCUCAGUCUCUCCCCUCACCGCUCCUUCCGUUCACUUAGCCUCCGGUAUGGGCCACUCAUGCUCCUUCAUUUUGGUCGUGUCCCAGUCCUCGUAGUCUCCUCAGCUGAAGUAGCUCAUGACGUUAUGAAAACACACGAUCGCAUAUUCGCCAACCGCCCUAUAACCAAAGCGGUGGACAAAGUAACGAAUGGUGGAAGAGAUCUCGUCUUUGCCCCCUAUGGCAUAUAUUGGAGGAAUAUUAAGAGUCUAUGCAUAGUGCAUCUUCUGACCAACAAAAUGGUUCGGUCCUUUCAGAAAGGGAGAGAAGAAGAGAUUAACCUUAUGAUGGAAUAUGUUGAGAAAGCCAGUUCAUCUUCUUCAACAGUAAACCUUAGCCAACUUUUUAUUACCCUAACAAGCGAUGUAAUGAGUAAAGUUGCCUUGGGAAGAAAAUAUAGCAGUGACCAAGGCACAAUCGAUAUCAAAACAUUAGUGAGGACAUUCGCACAGGUCUUAGGCACAUUCCCUGUAGCAGAUUACAUUCCUAGUUUGGCAUGGAUAGAUUGGAUCCGCAGAUUGGAUGGUAAAGUAGAAGAAGUAAGUAAAACGUUCGAUGAUUUUUUGGAAAAGGUGGUGCAAGAACAUGAUGCAGAUGCAGAGAAAAAAAGAUCAGGUUUUGUUGAUACGUUGUUAUCGAUUCAAAGACAGAAGAUGACACCAUUCAUUUUUGAGAAAAGCGACAUAAAACUUAUCAUCUUGGACAUGUUCAUAGGGGGAACGGCAACAACUUCCUCACUGCUAGAAUGGAUGAUGACAGAGCUUAUGAGACAUCCAGAGUGUAUGAAGAAACUUCGAGACGAGAUUUGUUCCGUUUCAACGCAUAGUUUAUAUGUAAACGAGGAAGAUGUAGAGAAGAUGAACUACUUAAAUGCUGUAAUCAAGGAGACACUUCGUUUACAUCCGCCACUUUCAGUACUACUCCCUCGACAAUUAAGCGAAGAUAUCAAAUUAAAAGGAUAUGACAUUGCUGCAGGCACACAGGUGAUAAUUAAUGCGUGGGCAAUCCAACGAGAUAAUGCGACAUGGGGACCAGAUGCAGAAGAAUUUAAGCCAGAAAGACAUUUAAAUUCAUCUUGGGAUUUUCAGGGACAAGAUUUUAAAUUCCUUCCUUUUGGAUCAGGGAGAAGAUUAUGCCCUGGAAUUAGAUUGGCAUUGGUAUUGGUUGAAGUGACGCUGGCAAAUCUUGUGAAACGGUUUGACUGGAGAGUCCAGGUCGGACCGCAUGGAGUUGAUAAGCCUGAUCUAGCCGAGGCUGCUGGUAUAGAGGCUUGUCGAAAAUUCCCUCUUAUUAUGAUCUUAAUUUCUCUAUGCCUAGCCACCUUAUUAGCCUUUCUCUUUCUAAAACAACUCUUCAAACGAAUAACCACCACCAAACUUAACCCACCACCGUCUCCGUGGCGGCUUCCGAUCAUCGGAAACUUCCACCAGCUCAGUCUCUACCCUCACCGCUCCUUUCGUUCCCUUAGCCUCCGUUAUGGGCCACUCAUGCUCCUUCAUUUCGGCCGUGUCCCCGUCCUUGUAGUCUCCUCCGCUGAAGUUGCUCAUGAUGUUAUGAAAACACACGACCGUAUAUUCGCCAACCGACCUAUGACCAAAGCUAUGGACAAAGUUAUGAAAGGUGGGAGAGAUAUCGCCUUUGCCCCCUAUGGCGAAUAUUGGAGGAAUAUGAAGACUUUAUGCAUAGUUCAUCUUCUGACCAACAAAAUGGUUCGGUCCUUCCACACAGAGAGAGAAGAAGAGAUUAAUAUUCUGAUGGAAAAGUUGGAGGAAGCGAGUUCGUCUUUUUCUACAGUAAACCUUAGCCAACUUUUUAUUACCCUAACAAGUGAUGUAAUGAGUAAAGUUGCCUUGGGAAGAAAAUAUAGCAGUGACGAAGGCACAGUCGAUAUCAAAACAGUAGUGAGGACAUUUGCACGGGUCUUUGGCACAUUCCCUGUAGCGGAAUAUAUUCCUAGCUUGGCAUGGAUAGAUUGGAUCCGCAGAUUGGACGGUAAAGCAGAAGAAGUAAGUAGAACAUUCGAUGAUUUUUUAGAAAAAGUGGUGCAAGAACAUGAUGUAGAUGCAGAUAACAAAAGAUCAGGUUUUGUCGAAACGUUGUUAUCCAUUCAAAGAGAGAAGACGACACCAUUCUUUUUUGAUAGAAGCGACAUAAAACUCAUCAUUAUGGACAUGUUCAUAGGGGGAACGGCAACAACUUCGUCACUACUAGAAUGGACGAUGACAGAGCUUAUGAGACAUCCAGAAUGUGUGAAGAAGCUUCGAGACGAGAUUUGUUCCGUUUCAAUGCAUAAUUCAUAUGUAAACGAGGAAGAUGUUGAGAAGAUGAACUACUUAAAUGCUAUAAUCAAGGAGACACUUCGUUUACAUCCACCACUUUCAAUACUAGUCCCCCGAUUAUUAAGCGAAGAUGUCAGAUUAAGAGGAUAUGACAUUACUGCAGGCACACAGGUAAUGAUUAAUGCGUGGGCGAUUCAACGAGAUAAUGCUACAUGGGGACCAGAUGCAGAGGAAUUUAAGCCAGAGAGACAUUUAAAUUCAUCUUUGGAUUUUCAAGGACAAGAUUAUAAAUUUAUUCCAUUUGGAUCAGGGAGAAGACUAUGUCCUGGAAUCAGAUUGGCAUCGGUAUUGGUUGAAGUGACAGUAGCCAACCUUGUGAAACGGUUUGACUGGAGAGUCCAGCCAGGGCCACAUGGAGUUGAUAAGCCUGAUUUAGCCGAGGCAGCUGGUAUAGAGGCAUGUCGCAAAUACCCUCUUAUUGUUUUUCCAUCUUCUGUUGUGUUCCCUAUUUAAUUUUUUUUUUUGCAACUCGCUGAUCUUUUUCGUUGUUACCCGUCUCUUGACUCUAUUGUAAGAGUGCCUUUGCAUUUCCGAUACUGUUUUCUUUUGUUAUCU